AUGACUGCAAUGAAACAAGAUAUUGAUAUCAUGGGAAAAGGUACCCCUCGCCUCAAAGAGUGGAAUCUGGUUCCAUCCAUGGUUUCCCGUAUUGGGAAGCAAACAUCUCAGCUCACCGUUGUCAUGACUCUUGAAUCAAAGCCGAAUAGCAAUCAUGAUAUUCUUGUUUCGACUAUCGUCUCUCGGUCUGCAAAGUUUCAGCAUCGUUGCUGGCUUAUCAAGGACACGGCAGGGCAUACUCGUGGAUUCCUUUCUCAGCCAAAGGAUGGCUAUUAUGUGUUGGAAAGAGCAGAAAGUGACGGCGGCCUCGUGGAAGUUCUGAAGAUCCACUACAAAUUUCUUGGCGUUUUUAAAUUUUUGACCGAAAAACCUACUCGAAAAGCUGAGGUUUCAAUUCAAGGAGGAGCUCAGUUUCUUUCGAAGGAGCCAGUAGGCAAAGAUGGCAAGCCCAAACCUCUUUACACUGCUGGUCGCGGGCGUGUGACGUCUUCGAAGAAUAUGCAAUUGCUGAGCAAUGAGGACGGCAAGAUGAUUUUGCAAUUUGUAAAAUGGGGAGAUAAUCAGUUUCAUCUUGAUUACAAAGAACCCUUCGAUGCAUUUCUUGCAUUCGGAUUUGCCAUUGCGCAACUGGAUUUGGGGAUGAUUACUCUCAUGUAA